UCUGAGAGACACUCUGACAAAAGUUUUACCAAGAGCUUUUACAGGGGAAGACCAGUAGGGGUAUUUCUGGUAAUUCACCUUUUCAAAAGUGAGUUAGAGAGAGAAAAUAGUUAGAGAGAGAAACAACUGUGGUGGUCACUCAGUCACUCUGGGACAAAGAAGAGAGAGAGAGCACACACCAAACGCAAAUCAUAAUUUUUUUCUCUUGUAAAUUCUUCCCCCACAGCGCCAACUCUACUUCUGUACACACUGCAUAACUCAAUCAAUAGAUACAGAUAGAUAUAUGUAAAACACACACACACACACUUGCAGAGACCGACGUACACAAAAUCAGAGCGCGGCAUUAUAUUCCCCUUGUACAAGGCAGGCGACAAUGUCAGCGUUUUAGUUGGAUUCCCCAUCUUCAUUCCUUCUGUGUUGAGCGGAAUUGCAGUUUCUUCUCUCUUCUUUUGCUGCAAAAAACAUACUCGCUAUUCGUCAUGUCUGCCAAAUCCAAAUCUGCUCUACCUGAAACACCCAACAGUAAAGUAUCACCGGCGACUCCUCGUGUGAGCAAGCCUAGCAGCAGAGGAGUGGCUAAACCCGAUGCCGAUUCAGCUUCUCCCUUGCAAAACUCUCGUCUUUCAAUCGAUCGGUCUUCUCCGAGAUCUGUUCCACCGAAGCCUGCAUUAGACCGACGUUCUCCCAAACUCGCCACCCCACCUGAUGUAAAUAAAAAGAUCACCCGUGUUUCGAAACCGUCUGAAGUUCAGACCGAACUGAAUUUAGCUCAGGAAGAUCUGAAAAAGGCAAAGGAGAAGUUGGUUUUGAUCGAGAAAGAAAAAGGAAAGGCCCUUGAUGAAUUGAAAGAAGCACAGAGAUUGGCUGAGGAAGCCAAUGAGAAGCUCAGGGAGGCGUUGGUGGCACAAAAGAGAGCAGAAGAAAAUUCCGAAAUUGAAAAGUUUCGAGCAGUUGAGAUGGAGCAGGCAGGCAUAGAAGUGGCUCAGAAGAAGGAAGAGGAAUGGCAGAAAGAGCUUGAAACUGUACGAAACCAGCAUGCUGUAGAUGUGGCUGCUCUUCUAUCUGCCACACAGGAAAUUCAGAAGGUGAAGCAAGAACUAGCCAUGACAUACGAUGCGAAAAACCAGGCACUGAGCCAUGCUGAUGAUGCGACGAAAAUAGCUGAGGCUCAUGCCGAGAAAGUAGAAGCUCUCUCUGCUGAGUUGGUCCAUUUGAAAUCCAUGCUUGAUUCUAGAGUUGAAAUGGAGGAUAGUGAGAACAAUAAACUCGUGUCGGAAUUGAAAUCGGAGAUAGAUUCUCUGAGAGAAGAGCUCGAAGAGGCGAAAACUCUGGAGGAGGAAUUGGCGGAAAAAGAGGCUGCAUUAGAGCAACUCAAUGUCGAUCUGGAGGCAGCAAAAAUGGCUGAAUCUUAUUCCCGUAAUUUAGUGGAUGAAUUGCACGGAAGACUCGAAGAAUUAGCUUCUCAGACUGAGCAGGCAAAGAGAUUGGAGAGAUCGGCAUCAGAAUCUUUGGAAUCUGUCAUGAAGCAGCUCGAAGGAAGUAACGAUGCAUUGCAUGAUGCUGAAUCGGAGAUUUCGGCACUUAAAGAAAAGGUGGGAUUGCUCGAAAUCACCAUAACAAGGCAGAAAAGAGACGUUGAUGAAACAGAAAUCUGUCUUGAACUGGCUGAGCAAAAAGCUUCUGAAAUGGUGAAGAAAGUUGAGUCUCUUAGUUCUGAACUUGAAGCUGUAAAAGAAGAGAGAGCUCAGUCUUUAGACAAUGAGAAGCUUGCAGCUACCAGUGUCCAGAAUCUACUGGAAGAAAAAAACAAGCUCAUUAACGAGCUGGAAAUUUCGAGAGACGAAGAAGAGAAAACCAAGAAGGCAUUAGAAAGUUUAGCUUCGGCCUUGCACGAAGUUUCUUCUGAAGCAAGAGAUGCCAAAGAAAGGCUAUUGUCUGUUCAAGUCGAGCAUGAAAACUACGAAACACAAAUAGAAGAUCUGAAGCUGGUUCUCAAAGCAACAAACGAGAAGUACGAAAGCAUGCUCGAUGGUGCGAAACAAGAAAUUGAUGGUCUCACUAAGUCGAUCGAACAGUCAAAACACGAUUACCAGAACUUGAAUGCCGAGUGGGAGCAGAAGGAGCUCCAUUUGAUGAAUGCUAAAAAGAAAUCCGAAGAAGAGAACUCUUCCUUGGAAAGUGAAAUUAAUAGGCUCGUUAAUUUACUAAAAAUGGCGGAGAAAGAAACUUGUGCAACAAGAGAGGAGGAGGAUCGCUGGAAAAAAUCGUUUAAAGAAUCUGAAUCGGAGGUGAUUUACCUUAAGGAAGUCCUGGGCGAAGCGAAGGCUGAGAGCAUGAGACUGAAAGAGGGUUUGAUGGACAAAGAAAAUGAACUACAGAACAUUCUUCAAGAAAACGAGGAGAUACAGAAAAGAGAAGCAGCUUCUCUGAAGAAGGCCGAGGAGUUAUCGAAGCUGCUCGAAGAAGCACUGGCUAAGAAGCACGUAGAGGAAAACGGUGACCUUUCAGAUAGUGAAAAAGAUUACGACAUGCUUCCAAAAGUAGUGGAGUUUUCCGAACAAAACGGUGUAGGAGAUGCAAUUGCCAAGGCGGAGCUACAUUCUCAAGUACAGCUUGAGCAACCUGCACAUGUGAACGAGAAGGUAGUUGAAGUCAAUGAUGUUUCUUCGAUUGACGAAUCUGUCGAGAAAGUUUCUGAAGUGAAAAAAUCAAACGGGGAACUAAAAGAAAACGACAAAGAUAAAGACAAGGAGAGCAAAGAUUCUGCGGAGGUUGAUCUUAAAAUGUGGGAAAGCUGUAAGAUUGAAGAAAAGGAUUUCUCUCUUGAGGCAGAGGCAGAGGUAGAACCGGAAUCGUUUGAGGAUGAAGUUGACUCGAAAGCUGAGGGUGUUGACAGCUCUGACCAGGUCAACGGACUAUCUUCAUCGGAAAAUCUCGACAAUGGUGGGAGCUCGCCGGCAAAGCAGAGCAGCAGUCAGAAGAAGAAGAAACCCUUGCUUAGUAAAUUUGGAAGCCUACUGAAGAAGAAAAGCACGACCAAGUCAUAAGUAAUACGUGAAACUAUCGAUUGCGUUUUUUUCCGAUUUGCAUUGCCGUAGAGGGAUACUGGAUUUCAUAUUGCAGUUGAGUAUGUAUUGCCAAUGUUCUUUUGCUUCUUUUCUUUUUCCCCACCCCCUGGUUUUUAGCCCUCAAUAGGGUUUGAAUAUGUAAGGCUUGUAUCAUCAUCUUUAGAAUAUUCUUUUCCCCCAAAACUCUUGUCACAAUGUGAUUAGUGUGAGUUUAUUUUGUAAACUUGUGUUUUAUUAUCUAAACCUCAUUAAAAUUGAUAA